AUGGAUAAUUUGGACAAUCAAAAUACCCAGGUCAAAGAAGAUGGCCAGGAAGAUGGCGCCGGCACAAUCAAUAUCACAAUUACCGAUCCACAGGGUGAUGAAGUUCUUUUCAAGAUCAAACGUACUGCUAAGAUGCGCCGUUUAUUCAGUGCUUACUGCAAGAGAAUGUCUGUAGAUCCAGAUUCAAUGCGUUUCUUCCACCAAGGUGAAAGAAUCAACGAUGAUGAUACUCCAGAUUCUUUAGUUUUGAAGGACGGAGCCAAGAUUGAUGCCUUCGUUCGUCAAGUAGCUGGUGCAUUUUAA